UCACGCGCUGAAGAGGAGGUAACUGAAUGGCUGGCUGGUAAUUAACGUCCCAAAGUAGAUGACUAUCCUUUUCCCUCCACUGCAAAGGCAUCAACUUACGUCUGAAUGCCUUGCUCGAAUGAUAAUUACAAAUUAAAAGAAAACUACUAUGAAGAUAUUUUCUGUCAAUUGUUUGUGUUUACUUUUCACCAACCACGUGCAUUUUAAUCUUUAGUCAUAUGCAACAGGUAUUUUUUUGGUUUUUGACUUGAAUGGACUGUUCCUGAUGUGUCCGAAAGAAGAAGUAUGGUGUCAACGUUUUGCCUCUUGUUGCUGAACAGGAGAUCAACUCAUGGGAUGUAGCGGAUGCAGAGUCAGGUUCAACUUGGGCAAAGCAGUGCUGCCCAAAGUGUCCGUGUUCUUUACCAUGCUCCUCGUCUUCACAUACUUAUUUUACUGCCUUGCCGGUGUUUGUGAUUCAGUGCCAAGAACUUUAUACAGCCAUCAAUCGCCAGACGGGGAUUAUGACGAUAAAACCCGCGGACUUGACAACCCGCGAUCCCAAGCGCUUCUUCGGUCGCACCUUGCGGAAGAGCUGGUGUCCCGGUGGAACGGCACGGACUCUGCGGAGAGUGCGCUCGGCGACGCGGAACAGCGCGGGGCAGUAGAAGCACCUGGCCAACAACUACCCAGUCCAAGACAGAUUUAUGACGGGACCACAGAGGACGGGGGUAACGGCAUCCCCGUGUCGAAUACAUUCGGGACCAAGAAAAUCCCCCAAGCGAUCAUAAUCGGCGUCAAGAAAGGUGGAACGCGCGCGCUCCUUGAGUUUCUCCGCAUCCACCCGGACGUGAGAGCGGUGGGGGCAGAGCCGCACUUCUUCGACCGCUUUUAUGAUAAGGGUCUUGAGUGGUACAGGAGCUUGAUGCCCCGCACUCUGGAUGGCCAGAUAACCAUGGAGAAGACCCCCAGCUACUUCGUGACCAAGGAGGCGCCGGCCCGCGUCCGCAACAUGAACUGUGACACCAAGCUCAUCGUGGUGGUCCGGGACCCUGUGACCCGCGCCAUCUCCGAUUACACCCAGACCCUGUCCAAGAACCCGGGCCUUCCCAGCUUCCAGAGCCUAGCCCUGAAGAACGCCACCACGGGCCUGAUCGACACCACCUGGAGCGCCGUGCGCAUCGGCCUCUACGCCAGGCACCUUGAGAACUGGCUGCAGCACUUCCCCUUGUCCCGCCUCCUAUUCGUCAGUGGCGAGCGUCUGGUGUCCGACCCGGCGGGGGAGAUGGGACGCGUACAGGACUUCCUGGGGCUGAAGAGGGUUGUGUCGGACAAGCACUUCUACUUCAACCAGACCAAGGGCUUCCCGUGCCUGAAGAAGCCAGAGGGGAGCAGCAGACCGCGGUGCCUGGGGAAGUCCAAGGGCAGGCCCCAUCCCCAGAUCCCCUCAGAGGUCUUGCAGAGACUCAGGGACUUCUACCGGCCCUUCAACCACAGGUUCUACCAGAUGAGUGGACAGGACUUUGGCUGGGAGUAAGGGGAGCUUUACGGACAUAAUCCCGCAGCCUUAGUGUGUCUGUAUGGCGGGGGCGGGUUCACUGUUCCCCCCGACCGGGGGGCUUUAACCCUUUGAAUUGGACUCAUAUUUACAGAGUCUUGCCUGGCUGUAUUAAGUCCAUAAACACAGUACAUAGCGUGCGACUCAGUACUGAAGAUACUUAAACUUGAUGUCCAGCAGAGUGAAUAUAUGCACACAAGUUACCUUGGAUGCAUCCAGGUACUCUGGGAUCGACAGUAACAGUGACUCAAGUAAAUUGUGUUCAUUUAUAUUUAGCAGAUGCUUGCUGUCCAAAAGAGACAAACGUGAGAUGGACAACAAUCAAAAAGUACAAACGAAAUAGGAGAAACUAUGAAAUAAAGGGAGCUGUGAAAGGAUAUCAUGUAUGGUUGAUAGCUGAUAGCAAUUUAUAAUUUUUUUGUUAAGGAUAUAAGCUAAUAUUUAUGAGUUAUGUUGAUUUACACUACAACAGAUGAGCUGAGAGUUCUUUAUAGAGGUGAAGUAUUUAUUACAUUAAAACGAUACAUCCAUGAACAGGCUAUGAAAAGUCUUUUGUUUGAUAUUGACGUGACAUUAGAGAAAAUGUCUUUGAUGAACCACUAUUUUUUUAACCUAUUUUUAUACAUUUCAAGCUUGAAGCAUAUUACUUUGAUGGUAUUCAUGUUCAGAAUUACACACCUAGACAUCUGUGUUAUACAUGUAUAAUAAAUUACAAUGUACACCUUGUAUACAUUGAUACAUCGACCAUGUUUUAUUAUAAGGGUUUCAGGCAAUUUUAUCUAAAAUUAACUCACAAUCUCAUUAAAGAAAAUUGGCUUAUCAUAUCCUUCACUAUUCCAUUCAUCAAAUGGACCAUAACAACAGUGUUUGUUUACAUUUUGUUCUUAAACAGUUAUUAAAACACUAUUAUUAUUAAACAAUUUAGAUUCCUUUAUGUGGAGUAUGCAAUGUUUAGUUAUAUUUAUUUCCAAAGCAGUAUGCUUAAUCUAACUGUGUAUUUUGUCACAAUAAGUCAAGUUGUAUUUGACAUGACAUUAAUAUGAGGUAGCCUAUAAUGUUGCAUCAGAAUUCCGUUAAACCCUAUACAAUAAAUUGAUUACAUUCUUAAAAUAUAUGACCUGAAUUCAAAUUCCUGAAAUGUAAUAAACAAGCUUUAAACUGACAGAUAAGAAUGCCUUGAUUGCCUUGUU